AUGGUUUCUCAUUCAUGGCUUGUUAUGUUCAUAAUUGCUGCAACUCUCUCAACAAUUUGCAGAACGGUUGAGUCAGCAUAUGAAGCUGAUAGGAUUGUGAAGCUGCCAGGGCAGCCAGAGGUUAGCUUCCAGCAGUAUGCAGGUUAUGUGACUGUUGAUGAGACCCAGCAGAGGGAACUUUUCUACUACUUCGUGGAAGCUGCAACAAAUUCCACUUACAAGCCUCUUGUUUUGUGGCUUAACGGAGGACCUGGGUGCUCUUCAGUUGGAGCUGGAGCUUUCUCCGAACAUGGCCCUUUCAAGCCGAAUGCUGCAGGGGUUCUGGUAAAAAAUGAAUACAGUUGGAACAAAGAAGCAAACAUGUUGUACUUGGAAUCCCCAGCAGGAGUUGGCUUCUCAUAUUCUGCCAAUGCCUCUUUCUAUAACAUGGUUAAUGACUCCAUAACAGCAAAAGACAACUUGGCCUUCCUACAACAAUGGCUACUCAAGUUUCCUGAAUACAAAACCAGAGAUCUUUUCAUCACCGGAGAAAGCUAUGCUGGACACUAUGUCCCACAGUUGGCACAGCUAAUUGUGGAGUCCAGAUCAAAUCUCAGUUUCAAAGGCAUCGCUAUAGGGAACCCAUUGUUGGAGUUCGACACAGAUUACAACGGGCAAGGAGAGUACUACUGGUCUCACAGCUUGAUAUCGGACCAGACAUAUCACCUUCUGAAUACCUUAUGCAACGUCUCCCGGAUCAACAGAGAAGGCUUGGCGUCGUCGGGCAACUUUUCCAAGCCAUGUGAAAUCGUUAUAGCCCAGAUUAGUGCAGAAUUGCCCAGCCAAAACUUGGACUACUAUGAUGUCACUUCUGAUUUCUGUUUGUCAGAUGGUGAAUCACAAUUUGGUUCCCAGGAGCAGCACUCUUUGUUAGCUUCUCGUUUCCAUCCAGUUUCAUCCCUUAAAUCCAAGCAAAGUGGUGUCAGAAAGCAGGAAGCUGGUGGGGAGUCAAUAGACCUUUGCAUACAAGAUCAUACGGAGAAAUACUUGAAUAGGAAAGAUGUUCAAGAAGCUAUGCAUGCCAAGCUUGUCGGCGUCAAUAACACUUGGAGUUUCUGCACCUCAGAUAUAAAUUAUGACUACUACAAUCUGGAGAUUCCAACAAUUGGGGUGGUGGGUGCGUUGGUGGGAUCGGGGAUUCGAGUGCUAAUCUACAGCGGAGAUCAAGAUUCGGUCCUCCCAUUCAUUGGAACGAGGAUUCUGGUGAAUCGUUUGGCAACAGAGAUGGGGUUGAAUACAACCAUACCAUACAAGGCAUGGUUUGAUUAUGACAAACAGUUGGGUGGAUGGACACAAGUCUAUGGUGAGAACAAUAAGUUGUCAUUUGCAACAAUCAGAGGAGCCUCUCACCUAGCUCCAGCCUCCUCGCCGAAGAGAUCGCUCGCAUUAUUUGCAGCCUUUGUUGCUGGGAAACCAUUGGCAGCUUGA